CUUGCCUCGGGAAUAAACAAAAACCGCUGCCAUCACCUUCUGCGGUACUCGAGUACCGCAAUAUGGAGGAACUUCCUACCUCGAAGCCCACCUGGCCUAAUCUAGUGAUCUGACGCAGCGAUCUUCAGUAAACACGGCACACUGCCACAUCAACCGAUCUCUCUACUCCCGAAUGGGUAAUAACAACCGCAAGCCCUGAGACCUGCACCAGAACGGAUAAUCGGCAUCGCGACGGAGCGUCAGAUAUUGCUUACUUGGGAUGAACUAAUGCACCAAAAUGGCAAUAAUGCAGCUGUCAAGUGCGAUUCUGAAAGGCGUGGGUGACGGGUGACGUUGAGGUUGUGGUACACCGCUUCCAUCUUUACAAGUAAACGACCCCGCAAACAGCCCGGCAAGAGUCAAGACGAUUGAUUUCUGCUCGUCGCCUCUCCCGACGAAGGUUUUCUCCGUGAUUCUCUUGCGGAAAAUGUUCCGAUGCGGUGGAUGGUGGGACGAGUGACUUGGUGAAGCGAUAUGCAAUCCCAGAAAUGAAUUGCUAUACUUGAGUACUGUGCUGUACUCCGUACAUGACCAAUUUCAAAAGUGGGGAUAGCCUCAUGAAAUCCACGAUACCCGUCCUCGGUAUCCUCACUCGACUCGGUCCAACCACGCAAAAUUGAGUCAAAAUUGAGGUGAGAAUGAUUGCACUCUGCAGAUUGCAGUUGCAGGCCUUGAGAGGACGGAAGGGGGAUUACAGGGCCCACAUAACUAACCCACCUCCCACCACCUCUCCAACCGCGAUCCUCGUGCGGAAUAACCACCGCGAGAAGCAGCAGCUAGGCUCGCAGUAGAAGCUCAUGACCGGGCUCACGAUCAAGGGGACAUGCAACGGUUAUUUCCAAUCAACGCCAUCAGCUUCUUCCCAUAACGCCCUGUAUCCCCACUAACGCCGAAUAUUAGAUCCUUGGGCCGCAUGUUUCCUCCGCUUUCAAUAAGUACCUCUUCUGCCCUAUUUUCCGUUGCCGGUUCCCACUUUCACUGUUGUUAUUUUGAUAUCGUGCCAUUUUGGUUAUUCUCCACCAACUCCUUAGUUUUGUUUUCUGAGCUACGUAUUUAGAUUGCUAGCUCAAUCCACAAUUUUGCCAUCUCAUUUCUGAUGCGAACGACGGUCUUGAAUUACACUCACUGUGAAUGAGAGCAUUGAGCAUGGAAGAACCCGGGCGGAGUUUCCCUCCAAAUACCACUUCCACGUCUACUUCUAUCGCGCCUACGUUGAAUUCGGCUGGAAAAGACCGAAUUGACGAGGAAGAAAAAACAUCAGAAUCACUACGAAGCUCUCAUGAUUCGGGAGAUUCAGACGCAUUAUCGCCUCUGGAGCGAGCGAUGACGCCCAGUGUUUUAACGGAGGCUGAGCAAAUGGGCAACAGAGACUUGACACAUACUCAGACAGCUACAUCUUUUGCAACAACUGGCUCGCGAUUACCCUCGUUUGAGGUCGAUUUCACGGGAAAUGACGCAGACGAUCCCCGAACAUGGCCCACAUGGUAUAAGGGGCUCACGAUGUUCGCCGUGAGUUUCUCAACCUGGGUCGUGGUCUUAUAUUCGACGAGCUAUACUAGUUCCAUGCCUGGGAUGAUGGAAGAAUUUGGAGAAGAGAGUGAAGCAAUUGCCACUCUUGGCGUGACUUUUUACCUGAUAGGGCUAGCUGUGGGAAGUUUGGUAUUGGCACCAUUGAGCGAGAUGUAUGGGCGAAGACCGGUGUACAUUGGGAGUCUGUUGUUCUUCGCUGCUAUGGUGUUGCCCAGUGCUUUGGCAACUUCGUUGCCGGAAAUCUUGAUUGUUCGAUUUUUUGGGUAUGUUCGCUUGUCUGAUUUCGGGCGUUUUGAUCUAAUCUGAUCUUGUGAAAUAGAGCUUGUGCGGGCGCGGCCAUGAUUUCGAAUUCACCAGGAACAGUUGCAGAUAUCGUAGAUGAACACUAUCGAGCUCUUGCGUUCAGUAUUUGGAGUAUAGGUCCGAUGAACGGCCCCGUGACUGGUCCAAUCAGUAGGUUUGAGAAUUUCCCCAGCUGAGAAAGUGGCUAACCAAAGUAGUUGGUGGAUUUGCUGCUCAGUACCUUGGAUGGAGAUGGACAAAUUGGCUUGUUUUGAUCUUUGCUGGUGCUGGAUUCAUCAUGUGCUCUUUCAUCAAGGAGACUUAUGCUCCAGUUCUCUUGAAGAAAAAGGCCGCUCGAAGGAGAAACGAAACUGGCGAUGACAGAUGGUGGUGUAGAUACGAUAACAAUAUGAGUUGUAAGUGUUUUCGUCCUUUUCGGAAAUUCGAAGGCUAACGGUUUGGUUCAGUAAUACAGAUUUUGAAAGUAAACCUUUCACGGCCAUUCGUUUUGUCUUUCACGGAGCCAAUCCUAUGGUUCUGGAACGGUUACAUUGCAGUAUGUAUCUCGGACAAUAUCAACACUACUUUUUAGAGAGUGGUCGAACCAGAGAUCCUAACUAAAUGUCUAGGUCAUUUACGGAAUCUUGUAUUUAUGCUUUGUGGCAUACCCCAUUAUUUAUACCGACCUUCGUGGAUGGUCAGCAGGGUUCACAGGACUUGCAUUUGUCGGGAUCGGUGUUGGAACAAUGUUGGCGAUCGUCACUGAACCACUCGCUCGGAAAAUCGUCAACUCGCACAAGAAAGAUCCAGAAACCGGGCGGGUGUUCCCUGAAGCCUCUGUCUGCAUUAUUUGCUUUGCCUCUUUUUUGUGCCCCAUUGGACAACUCUGGUUUUCAUGGACAGCUACGCCUGUGACCAUCCACUGGAUUUGGCCCAUUCUCGCCGGGGUCCCCUUCGGUGCUGGAAAUUGCCUUGUCUUUAUCUAUGCCUCCAACUAUCUGGCCGGUUCGUACGGCAUCUACUCUGCUUCCGCACUCGCUGGAAAUGCCGUCGUGCGAUCAAUGGUUGGUGGCACUCUGCCUCUCGCAGGACCAUCGAUGUACAGCGCACUUUCACCAAAUUGGGCGGGAACGAUUUUGGGCCUUGUGCAGGUUGCCCUGAUCCCAAUUCCUUUUGUGUUUUACAAAUGGGGAGAUCGGAUUCGGGCGAAAAGUCCAUUGAUCAGGCAGAUGAGAGAGGAUCAGGAGAAGAGUCAGAAGAGAGCUGCAAGGGCAAGGAGACAUGUAGAGAGAUUGGAAGCCGCUAGACGCGAUGCCGUUCUCGAUCUUGAGAAGGAUGAGAUGGGGAGGUCGUCGGAUCAUAAGGCCAAUGAGGCUGGGAUAACCGAAAAAGCAUGAUUGAACGAUUAAUGAGGAAAAGUAACCGUUUUUUUUGCAUAUUGUUUUCGCUAUACUAUCAAUACCCCAUAUAGACUAUUAUUAUAUAUCUUUUUUAAUCUGGAAGUUUCUGCAGGAGUAGGAGUUUGGGAG